CUCCGGUGCUGUCGCUCCUAAGUUUGUUUCCCGGGGGCUCUGCGACUUCAUUCAGAUUAAUUAGAGAGGGCAGGAGGGGAUGGGAUCCGCGUACGUGCGGCCGCCCUGCCCUGCCCGGGCGGGGCGGGGCGGGGGGCGCAUCCCUGCAUGCCCGCAUCCCGCCUGCCUCCUGCCGGGAGGUUACCAAAGGGUUAAGAAACUUGGCUGGAGAGAUGAAUGGCGCGGCGCGGGGAGGGGCCGGGCUGCGCCGCGGCGGGCGAGGUGGAAGGCGGAGAGGGAGGAUCGCGGCUGCGGGUUAGGCUUUGAAAGUCAGCCUCGCAGGCAUUGCAGCAGAGCCCCGAGCCGCGGAGAGCAGCGCAGCGGAGCUCGGCUCGCCCUAUCCAGCAUGAAAUUUUUGAGGAAGACAAUUAAUACAUCCUUGGACUCCUGAAGGAAGAGCUUUCCUAAUGGAAUCACAUUCAAGGAAGGAGUGAAAACCAGAUUCACAAAGAUCCUGCACUGACAUUUGAAAGGAAUUUUAUGUGCUUGGUGGAGAUGGAAAAGGAAGAAAAGCAAGCUGGUCUCCAGAAGAAAGAAGGCAGCAAAUAUUUAAUGGAACUUUUUUUCUGUGAAACCAUGUUUUGAGUGUUCCUCCUAGACGUCGUCCAUAAAUAUCCUAGAUAUCAGCUGAUUGCUAUGAUUGGAGACCUGGCUCAUCAAACAGUGUACACUGGGAGAAGCCUGCCUAGGAUAAUACAUUUUCUAUUGUUUCUGAAAGUCUCUAAGAAAACACUGUAGACAUCUACCUGUUAUUAACUCUGCAUCUUGAUUGAGCAAAACUAGUCUUCGAAGUGAACAGAAACAGAGCCUUUUUGGAAACUUUUAUUGAACAUGACUCAUGGAGAAGAGCUUGGCUCUGAGAUGCACCAGGAUUCUGUUGUUCUAACUUACCUAGAGGGAUUACUAAUGCAUCAAGCAGCAGGAGGCUCAGGUACUGCAGUUGACAAAAAGUCCACUGGGCAUAGUGGGGAGGAUCAAAACUUUAAGAUUUCAGGAAAUAUAUUUCCCAGCUGUCAGAGUAAUGGUCCAGUUCUUAACUCAAGUACGUAUCGGGGAUCUGGCAUGCUGCACCUCAAAAAAGCAAGACUGUUGCAGUCUUCAGAAGACUGGAAUGCAGCAAAGAGAAGGCGGUUGUCUGAUUCCAUUGUGGAUUUAGAUGGAAAAAAGGAAGCUUUGUUGGCUGGCAUGGUUGAAAAUGUGCCUAAAGGCAAACAGGAUAGCACAUUACUUGCCUCUUUGCUUCAGUCAUUCAGCUCUAGGCUGCAGAGCGUUGCUCUGUCACAGCAGAUUAGACAGAGUCUUAAGGAGCAAGGGUAUUCUCUAGGCCAUGAUUCUUUACAAGUGGAGAAAGAUUUAAGGUGCUAUGGUGUUGCAUCCAGCCACCUGAAGACUCUGCUGAAGAAGAGCAAAGCAAAAGAUCAGAAGCUGGACAGCAGCCUGCCUGACAUCACUAAGAACCUGCCCAAAGAGAGGUUUAUAGAAUCUCCUCACGCGGUGCAGAGCAGCCCCAAGGUGAUGAACGAGCCCCUGUCGUGUGCUGCAAGGUUACAGGCUGUUGCAAGCAUGGUGGAGAAACGAUCCAGUCCUGCUGCUUCGCCCAAGCCCAGCGUAGCGUGCAGCCAGCUGGCUUUGCUCCUUUCCAGUGAAGCCCACUUGCAGCAGUACUCCAGGGAACAUGCUUUAAAAGCACAAAAUGCCAAUCAGAUUGCAAGCGAGAGACUCGCGGCCAUGGCCAGGCUACAAGAAAGUGCUCAGAAGGACAUAGGCCAGUUUGGUUUGGCCAAAGGAAUGACAAGCCAUCUCAAUGGUCAAGCAGGAUCAUCCCCCAAAGCAGUCACUAGCAAGGGCAAUGUGGCACCGUUUCAGAGUUCAGUGGGAAUCAUGCACUCGCCUCCCAAAACUGUGGGAUACAAAAGUACUGUGGAAAGGAGUAACUUGAAAACCUCUCCCAGCAACAGUUUGCUCUUACAUCUGCUGAAAAGCCAGAAUACCACCAAGCAGGUGAAAGGGCGUGAGCAGAGCGAGAGAGGCAGCAUUUUUGAAGACAGCAGCACACCAACAACUGUUGAUGAGUAUUCAGACAACAAUCCCAGUUUCACAGAAGACAGCAGUGAUGAUGAAAGCUCCCAUUCUAACUGUCUUCCUAUAGACCUUUCCUUUAAACAGAGGACAGAUAAACCAGAUGCAGGUGCAUCUGCAUCACUGGAUAACCUGACUCAGUCCUUGCUUCGUAACUGGGAUCCAAAAGUUUCGUGUCCAGAGAACAAGGAAGAGAAAGACACUCCGAAAGCUUCUAAGCUGAAUCCUCACCAGAAAGUAACACUACUUCAGCUGUUACUUGGGCAUAAGACUGAAGAACAGGUAGACAAGAGCAAUGAUCCUCAGGGACCACACAGUACAGCUGAUGUGGCAAAAUUCACUGUACAGACUGGGAAAAGGACUCCUGUUGCUGACAGUCCCAGUGCCAACCGAAUGACUCCGUUAAGCACUCCACCCUUGCUGGCUUCUGCAAAAGCAGACUCUCCUAUAAAUCUCUCACACCAGUCACUGGCUGUCAAGCGGAGCUCGCCACCCUAUGCCUGCAGCAUCCAGCCGGACAGACUGAUGAAUUCUGCGUCCAAACACUUGAUAGACCUGUCCAAAAGCAAGGAAAUUCAAGGAGCUAAGCUGAGCAGGACUGAUAGUCCCCAGAACUCCUCGGCAUUCAGUGCCAGCAAGCUGCUGCAGAACCUGGCUCAGUGCGGCAUGCAGAGUUCCAUGUCGAGUGAGGAGCAAAGAGCUAGCAAACAGCUGCUGGCAGGGAACAUGGAUAAACCUGUGGGCUUGAUUGAUAGAUUGAACAGCCCUCUGCUUACGAAUAAAUUGAGUAUGCAUGAAGAAAAUAACAAAAUAUUCAGUUGUCAGCCCGCACCCGCUGAACAAGGACUUCCAGGUUCGGAAAUAGAAAAUCUCCUUGAAAGGCGCACUGUCCUUCAGCUGCUUCUGGGAACUCCCAAUAAAGGUAAAAGUGAAAAGAAAGAGAGGAUGCUUUUAAGAGAUGAAAGUUCUCAAGAACAGACAGACAAGGCUUUGAAUGAGCAAAUAUUGACGGUGAAAAUAAAAACUGAACCAUCUGACGAAUCAAAUGUUCCUUAUAAUUCAAAUGCACAACAAGUAAGAGAAUGCAAGGGUAACAAAUUCCAAGGGUUUGCUCAUUCACUGCAGAGAAACACAGCUGCUUCUCCAGCAUCCGAGGAGGUGAAAUCUGAGCCUCUUUCACCUCAAGAUUUCUCUUUUUCCAAAAAUGGCCUGCUAAGUAGGUUGCUGAGACAGAAUCAAGACAAUUACCCUGCAGAUGAGCUGGACAGGAGUCACCGAAACAACGAGCUGACACACCAUGAAUCCAAGAAUCUUUGCACAGUACCGAAGAAGAGGAAGCUUCAUGCUGAGCCUUUAGAAAGCCCAUUAAAAAAGAUGAAAAGUAAUGUGUCUGAUGCUGGAAACAAUCAUGCUUCUCCUACCGAGGCACUGUACGGGCCUUUGCUUAACCAGCAAGAACUGAAAUUCAGCAGAAGUGAUGCUGAAUUUAAAUAUGCUGUAAGUCAUGGUUCAAAUAGUGAAACUGAAAAUAGGAGUUGGUCUAGAGAUAGUAAAGGCUUUAAUGUGUUGAAACAGCUGCUUCUCUCAGAAAACUGUGAGAGAGAUCUGUCACAACAUAGGAAUAACAUGCUAACAGAGGGCAAGAAAAAAGGAAACAAAACCAGUGCAACAAUCAAUAAACCUGAAUUCACCAUUUCUUCAGUAAGAUCGUUGGUGGGAAGCCCUGUGCAGCAGAACAAUUGUGUAGAUCACAGAACAUUUCAGUAUCCCGUAGCAGUGAAAAGUCCAGCCAGCUCCCCCUUCCCUGAACAUCUGGGGAGUACGGUGUCCAGACUGGAGUCCGACCAGUUCAGCAUGUGUUCCAUGCCCAGUGAGAAGGGCCCCAUCAGAUGGGUGAUCACGGGCAUGGACAAGAACGAUUAUGAGAAAGACUCUCCGAGACUGACCAAAACCAAUCCCAUAUUGUACUACAUGUUACAGAAAGGUGGCAGCUCUGUCAGCAGCCAAGAAGCACAUGACAAAGAAAUUUGGAAUGAACCUUCAUUUACCGAGAGCGCAACUCGUGUUACAAUCAAAGAGGAGUUGACAUCUGACUCAGAGCUUAAAACUCCUUUCAGUAAUUUAAGAAGCCCUUACAACAGCCAUAUGGGGAGUAACACCUCUCAUCAGCACGGUGGUGUGAAUGGAGAAGUGCAUGGACUUCUGGAAAAAGUGCGAACAAUCAAAAAAGAGCCAGAAUAAACUGCAGCCUCCUCAGUGAGUUUACAAUCAGCGGUUUUGAAUCUUUGUUUAAAAAAAAAAAAAAAAAAGAAAGAAAAGAAAAAAGAAAAAUGAGUAUGAACUUCACACUGUAUAAAUUGAGCAUGAUUUAAAAAAAAAAAGCAUGGUCUAAUUGAAAUGUUUUCAUUUGAUAAACUUUUUAUUUUUCUGGUGAUGUUAUUUAAAAUACAUGUAGAUAAAAUUUGCUUUACAGUAGAUUGUCACAAGGAAACUAGAAGGGUUGUAAUUUGUACAAGACGUUUCUGUAUGUAUCAGAUUAAGUUAUGAGUACUCUUUGAUCAGAGUCUUAUUUGGAUCUGCAAGCUUUUGGUAUAACAUAAAGUGUAAGCGUACAGCCUAGGUGGUGGUAAUGCUGCGUUUUCUCCCUCCCUGUAAAAUAAUCCUUAUUUUUUUGAAGGCUGAGCAUAGAGACAGUGUACUUUUUUUUUUUUCCUGAAUGUUUUAAUAUGUUUUGUGAAAAUUUUAAGAAUAACUUUUAAGAAGUGGAGCAGUCCGUCCAAGGUAUUAGCUCGUCAUAUUGGAAAACCUGCGUCAGUGUUAAUAAUUGAAGUGCACUGAAAUGUAUUUUUUAGUGCUUCCAAAAUUUGUAUUGUUAUUUUUAAAUCUUGUUUGUGGUCCUGCCAGAAUAGUGGUGUAAAAUCUAUUUUUCUUCCUUGCCCUGCUCUCAACAAAUGCCUUCCUCAGAAUUCUUAGCCAUAGUUAUGAGUUACUAGUUAGAAUUAAGGGUUUUUUCUAGGUUUUUAUAAAAAAGGCAGAUUUUCAUAGGCCGUGCAAGUACUGCAUGAGUCCUUUUGUCGGCACAUUCCUGUCACUUUCCUGCCUAAAAGGGGAAAGCCAAAAUGCCUCUUGGAGUAGUGUGAUUGAGAAGGCUUAGUACAUGUAUUCAGUGAGGAAAAUGCUGGAAAGCUUGUGAAGGGGAUGAACAGAAUUGUGUUCAGCACCAUCCUGCUUCCCUGUGGAAGAAUACCAGCUGCACUAAAACAGCACAUCAGACUUCCACUCAAAGAUGGAAUAGGAUUUUAAUGAAAAAUGUGUUGGCCUCUUCCUGCAACCAGGGAAAAGAAUCUAUAAUCUGCCAAUAUUUAUUACUCUCUGAACAGCUGAUACAUGGUUUAAUGCACUACCCUUUCACUGCAGAAAAUCUGGCUUUAGAAUAAUUUUCCAGGUAGCACUGAGGAUAAAACUGUGGUUUUGUCAUGUUCUGUAAUGGAUAGUGGGAUAUAUCUGAGAAAUCCUUCCCUGCCCUUUUCCUCAAUCCCCACCUGUGCUGUGAUUUGUAACAUCUGGCACUAUCAGCCUGAGAUGGGAGGAACUGAAAAUUGCAGUCAGAGCUGAGACAUCUUAAAAGAAUUGCUGGCUGGGGAAGAGUGCUGUGGCUCUGCUUUCCCGUUAGCACUGUCAGUGUUAACUCCAUUUGCAGCCCUUAUUUCUCUGGGGGCAGGAAGAGGACAAAAUCCAGUUCCUCUAAAUUAUAUGAAUUACUGGCAAGCAGAAGUUUUGCUGAACUUUUUACUCCCCUUAAAAAAAACAAGUUCUCUGUGGCUUCUUGAUUUCACAGAUAAUCCUCUCUGCCAUCAGCAAGCAGCUCAGCAGUUGGCUUGCACAAAUAACGAAAGCUGCACUCUGGUUUAAUGUUGUCUGUUUUCAGCGUGGCGAGCCAGUGACAUGACAAAACUGCUGUUUCUGUCCAUCCCGUGUCUGCAUAGCAGACAUCAGGGACGGGGCAUUUUGCUCUUUUCCAUCUGGUUUGGUUUCAGAGAUCCUUCUCCCAGACUCGUGUCUUGCUGAGACAGAGCAGGCUGUUGUCCCCCUCUUGUCCCUGUCCCCAGCCCGAGAUCAGUUCCUCCUCUUUCCAGUGCAGUUCCUACUGAAAGGGACUUCUUCUGUCUGACAGCUGGAAAAUGCACCACUAUUCUGUUUUGCCUCCCUCUGGGGGAUACCUUCUUUUAGGGAACACAAAUAUUUGGCAGUAUCUGGUAUAAAACAUUCCCCCUGGUUUUUAUGAGAAAUAACAGAGCAAUUUAAAGAUAUAUUUUUAUGUUACUUCGGUGAAGCAUAAUAUAUUAAUGGGCUGUACAAAGAAGAUUUAUAUUUUAAAACCUUCACACAAAUCUAAUAUCAUUUUAAAUGUCAUUGUCUGAAGUAUAAUAUAAAAAUAAAAUUUUGUUUGUCUUUAAUAUUGCAUUUAUAAGUAGCCCAAUGACAAUUCAGAUGUCUCAUAGAAUAAUCAUUAAUGAGAUAAAGUAUAUUUUGGAUUGACAGUGGAACUGAAUUCUUUUUAUAUGAGUCAACCCAGCAGAAAUAUUAAAAAGAUGGUAUUUGUUCCAUCCAUUAAAUGUCUUUUAAAGUCUUAAUUGAUUAUUUUUCUUGAAACAAUGUGUAUAUAGUUAGGAAAUAUAUACAAUAUAGAAUAAUAGAUGGUCCCCAGACUAAAUACAGGGCUAUAAUUUGCUUGAAGAGCUCCACAGAAAAAUGCAGCAUGAGAGGAUGUGGAAUUAUCUGGUGGAAAAAACUUCUCCAAAGUUAAGUUGACAUGAAGAGUGGGGAAGAGAUUCUGACCCUAGCAAAAAAUAACACUGGAAUCGAGCAAUGUGCUGACCUUUGUAUUUAUUCUAGGGUAGUCUAUUGUUAUAAUAUAUACUUUUGAACAUUUAGUUUUGGAAGUUUUGUAAAACCGUUAAAAUGUUAACAGUUUGACCAGUUAAGGAUUUAGCUUUCUUUUUAGUUGAUGUUAACAAAAGGGUAUUGCCAUUCUCACAGACGUCAGUAAACUCUAAGAUAAAAGAAUUUCAGUUUGGGACGUGGCGUUCAUGGAAGAAUCUCCUCUCCUGUAGACAUUGCACUCUCAAACAGCAGGUAGCAAGGCUGAGGCCCUUGAGAGAGGGCAGGACAUGCCAAGGGAAUGCUCAGUCAGCUGCUAAGAGGGCAGCUGUCUCCUCCUGUAUGGAAUUCUCCAGUAUCGCUGGUGUUACCCCCUCCCUAGGGAAGAGAGAGGUCUUUGAAUCUACCCCAUCCACAUUUACAGCGUUGACACCUUAGGACCAAAGGCUCUUUAAUUUUUUUUUUUGUCAUGUAGCAUGGGUGAGUGAAAAGGAGUUGCUAUUUCUUUCCUUGGGGAUUUUUCCAUCAGAAAAGAGGGGUGUGGGAGCUGGGUUUGUUGUCCCAGGAGGGACUGGUAGGGCUGGCCACGUUUUCCCAAGCAGCUCUAAGAUCCCCAAUUUCCACCAGUCCCUGUAGAUGAAUUGCAAAUCAAGGUCAUCUCUUGAGUAGCCCUCGGUACUCUGAGCAACUCCUGUUUCCUCUAGGCCUUUAGACUACAGAUUUGGAGAGAAAUGGGGUCUUGGCAGAGCAGUGCAGGAUCAGUGGGUGCUGGUGUGUGAUCCCACCAUCAAAAGAGCAGGGAGGGAACAGAGAGCACAUCUCAGUUACAGCCAGCAGAGACUGCUGGGGGAAAGCUGCCUCCAGCUCUCAGACCAGUGAGGAAGCGAGUUAGGGAAUUGUCUCUAUACCAUGCUAGGAGUGCAGUUGCAGCUCCUUGGAGCUUGGACCUGAAUUAACUCUGCCCCCCUUAGCUGGAAGGGCUGGGGCUGCAGCAGCCGCGUUGUGGAGACCCCAGUGCCUUGCUCGAGGGUGGAGCGCCCAAACCCGCUGGAUUUGGGGAUUGACUCGGAAUUGCCACGCAGAUAUGCCUUUUCUUUCCAGAGGGAAGUGUCUGGGACUCAGACAUCCAGGUUUCUAGUGUCUCCUCUGCCAAAGCUUGAGGAAAAGAUGGUGGGUAACGCUUGACCACUGAAGUGGAGAGCUGGAGGGCUUCUCUACUGAUACCACAUAUCUGGGCAGCUCAGUUUGAGAAGUUUAUAUGAGAUCAAAAGGGAAUUCAGCCAUAAGUUUUACUUUUCGUAGCCAUUUACUCUUAGUGAAGUUUUUAAAUUUUUAAUUUACAAAUGUUUUUAAAAGAAAGGAGUGGUUUAAAUUUUCCCUGUUAAAUGUUGGUGAAAGUAUUACAGCUCUCAUUGACGUCAGUGACAUGAUAUUACCAGUUUGUUCUCUGCCACAUCUUACAGAGGAGUAAACUGGUAAGUAUAUAUUAUAUAUAUAUAUUUAUAUAUAAUGUAAAUAUGUUGACUUGUUACGCCUAUAAUAUGUUGAAAUUGGUUUUUAAAAGGUGAUGUAAAUAGUGGUUUCCUUAAUGAAAAAUACAUAUUUUGUAUUGUUCUAAUGCAAAGGAAAAAAACCUUUUAAUCUUUUUUGUUAUGUAUAUUCCAUGUAUAAGUGUAAAUAUGAUCACAUAGGUUUAAAAACUUUUGCAUGUAUGUAUACAGUUGCAAGUCUGGAAGAAUGUAUAGAAAAAUUCUUUUAUUUAAAGUUGUGAUUAACUGCUGCAUGAAAAGUGCAUGGGGGACCCUGUGCAUCUGUGCGUUGGCAAAAAAAAAAAAAGUCUUAACAAGUCAGGUCAGUUCAAAACACAACAGUAUUCCACUUCUGGACAUGACUUCUGCUGUGGUAUUUUAGCUUUGUGAAAGAAUGUGCUUCAAUUCAAAAGGGUCUGGAAAAAAAAAAUGCAAACCUACUUUUAAAACAUGAAGUGCUCAUACAACUAUUAAUAAGUCAUGUAAGUUCAGGACUACAUUUUGCGUAAUUGAAAUAUUGUACCUGGACUAUUCCAUCCCUGUAAAACAAAGGAGUAUUGAUUUUCAUUGCCAUACAUAAGAAUUUGGGAUUUUACCACAACCAGUUUUAUUGUGAUGUGUCUUCAGUAAUUUAACUGGUCUCAUUUUUUUUAUUAGAAAUUAAUUUCCUCAUGUGGUGUCACAAAACUGUACAUACUGCAGUGUGAAGUUUUUUUAAAUCUUUCAGUGUUUACUUCCUGCAGAAGAUUUGAAUAAAUGAGAAAAAUGCAUUGUC